GAGCUGGAGUCCCUGCGCAGCGAGGCGGCCGCCGCCGCCGCCCGCAGGCCCGCCGAGGAGCAGGAGCUCGAGGCCCUGCGCGGCGAGGCGGCGGCCGCGGCCGCCGCCGCCCGCCAGUCCGCCGAGGAGCAGGCUCGCGCGGUGCAGGACCUCGAGGCCCUGCGCAGCGAGGCGUCCGCGGCCGCUGGCCGCAGGCCCGCCGAGCUGCAGGAGCUGGAGUCCCUGCGCAGCGAGGCGGCCGCCGCCGCCGCCCGCAGGCCCGCCGAGGAGCAGGAGCUCGAGGCCCUGCGCGGCGAGGCGGCGGCCGCGGCCGCCGCCGCCCGCCGGUCCGCCGAGGAGCAGGCUCGCGCGGUGCAGGACCUCGAGGCCCUGCGCAGCGAGGCGUCCGCGGCCGCUGGCCGCAGGCCCGCCGAGCUGCAG